CCUCUCCUAAUAGUUAUUUCACACACAUCAAUGGAUUCCAAACCAACCGGUUUAGCUGUUGCUAUCUUUUUACUCCUCUCCAUCCAAAUCCUUUACCCAGCUGGUGUCGCAGGGGACAUAACCGGAGUAUGUUACGGCCGAAACGGCAACAACCUCCCGACGCCGUCAGAUACGGUAGCUUUAUACAAGACCAACAACAUAGACGCAAUCCGUAUGUACGAGCCAUUCGCCGACAUGCUUGAAGCCCUCCGUGGCUCAGGUCUCUCGGUCAUGUUUGGUCCACGAAACGAAGAAAUCCAGUCCCUAGCACAAAACCCAGCAGCCGCAACUAACUUCGUCUCCACCUGGAUCACACCGUACAUAAACGACGUCUCCAUCAAAUGGAUCACGAUCGGCAACGAAGUCUUCCCAGGAGACAUCGCUCCAUUCGUACCCGCCGCUAUCAGAAACGUAAACGCCGCGCUUACGAGUUCCGGCAUCACGGGAAUCUCCGUCACGACGGUUUUAGCGAUGACCGCUUUGGCCAAUACAUAUCCACCGUCAGCCGCAACGUUCCUCCCUGACCUAACCGAGAUCAUGACUGAGAUCUCAUCGAUACUCUCUCAGACGAACUCGCCGCUCAUGGCCAACGUGUACCCUUACUUCGCAUACGCGUCGGAUACAAACGACAUCUCGCUAGACUACGCGAGUUUCAAGUCCCAAACACCUAUAGUGAUCGACGGUGAUUUGCAGUACAGCAACAUGUUCGCAGCAAUGGUCGACGGAUUCAACGCGGCGUUGGAGAAGAUUAACGCUGGAAACGUGGUGGUGAUGGUGGCGGAAACUGGGUGGCCGACGGAGGGAAAUGAACCACACACGAGCGUUGAUAACGCCAAGGCCUAUAAUACGGGGAUUAUGACAUGUGGGGGAUCUGCGCGGAUGAGGACGCCUCGCCGCCCUUAUACGCCGGUGGACGUGUUUUUGUUUGCAAUGUUCAGGGAGAAUCAGAAGGAUGGUCCGGUGGAGCAGAGCUUCGGAAUCUUCUCACCUGAUAUGACUCCAGUUUACGACAUCUUUUGUCAUUAUUAGACUUGUUUUUUUUUCCGCUUAUUGUUAGAUUAAAAUACU